UAUGGGUACUACUGUAAAUCUGUGACUGUAAAUAGUUAUCUCUUGUGGUUAUCUCAUUGUAAAUAAAACCUUAUAUUCUAUAAAAAAAAAGUCCUUUCCUUCGGUAUAAUUUAUAAAACAAGAAUAAAAGUAUUUAUCCACUCUGAGAAAGGUUUUCACUAGAAUUUCUUCACAUUGAUUUCUAAACAAUAGGACCUUCUAAACGGACCUGUAAGUCUGUAAGUUAACCCUUAAGGAGAAAACCGAUCCCUUCUGCUUCUGAUCAAAUUUAAUAACAAUUCUGUCAGUUUGGUAACUUGUUUCUAUAAUGGUUAAUGAUGUAAAAUUAAGAAAGAAACCCCAAAAAUCUGAAAAUGAUCAUAGCAAUAAGUCUACACAGGAUAAAGAUGAAAUUAAGCCAAAAUAUGGGCCUAUGCCUAGAAAUACAACUUUUAGAGUAUUAAGUAGAGGCGUUAUGAUUAUUGGAGUAAUGGUAUAUGUUUGGUAUUAUUCAAAUGGCAAAAGGGAGUCUUCUUUAGCAAAACAAAAUACCAUAUAUCAAACUAGAGGUCAGCAUGUAGACUGCCAUCCAGAUUUCAUUAAUGAAAUUAAAGGAUUUCCUGGCUGUGUACCUAAGAAAUGUGGACGUUUUGUCAGUGACCGAAUAGUCACAGAAUAUGAAGCCGAUAUUUUGCUUUGGUUUGCUAAGAGAGGAAUGGCUUUAACCAAUGUUAGUGGUGGAGCAGCAAUUAUAGACUUACAUUCUGGAACCAUGUCAUAUCAGGAUAAAUUUAUGAACUUUUAUCGAGCCAAUUUAUCUUAUUUUAUAACUCCUACUGAUCUUCAUACAUACAAAGGAGUGAGAGAAAAAAUUCAGUCAGCUGUGGCAGAUUUUUUUGGAAUUAAUGUUGAUAGCUUGUAUUUAACGCAUCCGACGUUUUUUUCAAGACUAUCAAAUAAAGAAGCUGUAACUUUGAAUGACCAGUAUUGGCAUAUUCAUGUUGAUAAACACACUUACGAGUCAUUUCACUAUACAACCUUACUAUACCUGAACGAUUAUGAAACCGAUUUUAAAGGGGGUAGAUUUAUGUUUGUAAAUGAUUUCAAUAAACCCACUAAAAAUAUCACAGUGGAACCUAGAAAAGGCAGAGUGUCUAUGUUUACGUCGGGCGCAGAAAAUCCACAUUUUGUUGAAAAAGUUUCUGAAGGUCAGAGAUAUGCCAUAACAAUAUCAUUUACUUGUAACGAAAAGAAGAAAAUCAACGAUCCAACGAUGAAAACAUCACAUUAAGGUUGUAAAUAAAGUAAUAGUAAAAUUUCA